CUAAUUUGAAUGGUUAUUCACAAUAAAAAUAAUAAAGAAUAAGAACAAAGUAUUUAAUUAUUUCAAUUUUUUGACAAUAUUUACAAUUUGAAAUUUGAAUAAGUAAUACUAUUAUUUUUAGUUACUAUAAAAUUUGUUUUUAUUAUCUAACUGUUAACACAUCAUGAAUUCCAUGCAACAAAUACAUAAUUAUUUGAUAAUAAUCAAUUGUAAUUGAUGAUAAGUUUGUGUUUUCUCCACGGUCUUAUCACUGUAUAAGAUGCCAAAUGGUACCAAGCACAAAACAGUAAGUACGAACUACGAGCUGAUCACCUGACUUAUUGUAAUAUCUAAUAUAAAAGAAAAUACUUAUAAUUAAAAUACCUACUUGUCUGCCUAAUAUUAACUUUUCCAAGUUUGGCUGAUAUUUAAGUUAAUUAUUGUCUAAAAUGGCUGUAGAUUCUAAAUAUGCUCAUUUAAGUGGAAUCGUAAGUAUAAAGUAAUACAUUUUAGAAGAAUAUCUUUUGAAUCAAAUGCAUAAUUUUCAUAUCUACUUUACUGAUGUUUUAGAUCUUUCAUACUUGAAAAUACUAUUAAUAGAUUUUAGUAAUUCGACAUUAGUAUAAUAGUAUAGAAAACACUAUAAAAUGCUGAAAUUUCCACUAUAUUAUAAUCAAAAAACUUAAAAUUAUGUUUUAUAUUCACUAAAACCAAAAAAAACAAAAAAUUGUUUUCUGUUUACUUAUUUUGUAUUAGGAAUAGUUUAGUAAUUUUAAAUUAUUUAAUUAGAAAUUUAUAUUUAAUUAAUAAAUCAUAAAAUAAACUUGAAUUCAAUUUUUUCAUAUAAUUUAAUCUAGAUUUAUGAAAAAUACAAAAUAAAUCAUACUUAGUGUAUAAAAUAAAAAAAUAGCACUUAAAAUGUAUAAUAUUUCAAAUAUGAAAUAUAAAAUUGUAUAAUUAGAAUCCUUGAUGGCUGAUGCAUAAAACAUAUUAUGUACAGCUCACUCUGUCAUUUUUAUCUGUAUCCUAUAUUUAUUGACAAAUGCUACAGAAUCCAAACCCUGAUAAUUAGAGUGUGAAUAAGUACAUUUAAGUUAAAUGAUAGCAUUUCAUUAAAUAACAUUAAUGCUAUUUAUUCAAGGCUUACGAUCAACCUGAUGUGUAUGAAACUUUUGAUUUGCCAGAAGACGAUCAACAGCUUGAUUAUGCCGAAGAGGUAAGAUUUUAUAUGCUGUUCAUAAACAUUAAACAUUAAUUAUCAAUUACUGAAUAAUUAUUAUUUUUAUUUUGUAAUUUUCAUCCUUAAAAUGAUUGAGUAAUUAAGUAGUAUAUAAUUUAAGGUAAAUAUAAAUAUAUACAAUGUGCCAAUAAAAUUAAUUUUAGUAUUAUAUAUAUUUUUAUAUAACAUUAAAAUGUUUUAUGGUUUUAAUUUUGAAAACAAAUUUAUUUGUUUAAUCUAAUUGCAAAUAAAUACUUUAUAAAAUAUUAAUGUUAAUAAUAAAUCCUAAAAAUAUUUAAAUUUUGUGUGGACACAUUUUAAUAUGUUUAUCAAAGGACAAUGAAGAUAUUGAGCGCACUAAAUUGGAUCCAUCUAAAGCUUUUAAGCUCUUUAAAGACGAAAUUGUAAAUUCGGAUGAUGUUGAUUUUUCUGAUAAAUUAGGCCGAUCACUUAAAACUGGAUAUAGACCAAAGUAAGUUGUUGUAAUUCUAGUUUUUUCUUACAUUUAUUUGUAUUAAUAAUAUUAUUAUUUUUAAAUAUCUAUGUAAAGUGGUCAAUAUUGGGAAUUGGCAGCACUAGGGGAAAAAGAAACUCCAUUACGAAAGUAUUAUAGACUGAAGUUGGAAACUGAAGAAUUGGUUCAAGAAAUUAAUUUGUUGCAGGUUUAUACUUAUUUUAUUUUAUAUUAUAAUAAUAAUUUACUAGCUUAAUCUUUUUAAUUAUACGGUAAAUUUAAUUUUCCAUUGGAAAAAACCAUUUUUAGUCACAUAUUAAUGAAAUUAUUUGCAAUGUAUCAUUUAAACUGUAUUAAAAAUACAGCUAUUUUUUUUACCGUUUCAUAUUUUUUUUUUUAAACAAGUAACUAAUAUGUUAUAUUAAUAUAUUGCAUUUUGAACAAAGCUAGUUACUAAUAGUAGUACUUAAUGAAUUAUUUUAAUUUCCCAGUGGUUUAAAAAGCAUAAAAUCAGUAAAAUGAUCAUUAGUGAUUCAAAUAUUCAAGUUGGAAGAUAUAGGGAUCUGUUUUUUUUAGGAAAUAUAUUAAAUUUCUUUCCAAUACAUUAAUUAUUGCUUUUUAAUGUUUAAAUGUUAUAUUUAUACUUUUUCAGUAAAUAGUAAAGUAUCAUCUUAUUUUUUUGUAAAUAUAUAUUUAAAUAUUAAGAAUUAUGAUUUGAAUAAUAUUUGUAAACAUUUUUAUUUCUUUUAGGAUAAUAAAACUGAACUUGAUGAACAGUCUUGUGCCAAUAUAGGAUCUAAUGUACAAUCAAUUUUGCUAAAAUUGUCUACAUUAAAUAUAGAGAAGUCAUUUGAACAACAAUUAGGAAAUUUAGGAGCAUCUGAAAUUGAUAAUUUACAGUAAGCAUAUUUCUAGCGAAAUAGUAAAAAGUAAUAAUCCUUUUUUAGUUUUUUCUUACUUGAAUAAUUACAUUGAAAAAUAUUUUAGAGAAUGGAAAAAAUUUAACAUUUUCAAUCCAUUUAAACUAUUCACUAGUAUUAUAGUAUUGAGUUUUAUUUAAAAAAUAUAAUGUUAUUUAUUGAGUUUUUGGAUACACUCACAUUAAGUUAUUAUAAUAAUUGCGCAAUAUUUUCAAGUUCAUUAGAUUAUUUUCAAUUGUAUGUGUUUAUGCACUAAAUAUAAGUAAUUUAGUUUAGAUAAAAUACUUUAAUUAAUUAAUUUGGUUAAAAUCCUGUUAGGAACACCAAUAGUAAAAUAGAAAGUGGUGAUAUAGAAGAUGUGAUAAUGUAAUUGGGGAGCAGGAUUUUAAUAAAUUUUAGAAAUAGAAAAGCUGUUUUGAUACUUGUAAAAUAAUAAAUAAUAAAUUAAGUAUACAUCAAAUAAUCAAUUAAUAAAUAAAAAAAUAGACUGAAGCUUUAUUUUUUUGUUUAAAAAUUAUCAACAGCUUUUUUAAAAAAAAAUUAUUUAAUUUUGAUUAUAGUUUUUAAAUUAUGUAUUCUAGAAAAUAUGUAGAAACUGUUACUGAAUUAUUGAACAAACAACCAAGCGAUGAUGAUAAAUCACAAGCUACAAAGGCAAAUUUUUCUCAAGCGUUAAAUUUUCAAGCACUUUAUAGACCUAAUAGAGCACAACUUGAUCAAGUAUCUCAAAUUUCUCGAUUGGAAGAACGUUUACGUAAAUUAGAAGCAACAAUUGGAUCUGGUGUUUUAACAUUAGUAAGUAUAAUGGUUUCAGGAUUUUCAAAAUUAACUCAAUUUUUUUGUUUUAAAAUUAAUACUAUUUAUUAUAAAUUAAUAAGUUUUUAUUUCUUUUACAUUUUACCACUCAAACUUGUGUAGAGUUUUUUCUUAAAAUUUACUUAUCCUUCAAAUUAACAACUUAAUAUUUGUGCACAUUUUUAAGGAAAUUAGUAUAUAAUUUACCAUUUUUUAGAUUUUGAGUGGAAUGAAGAAGAUUAUAGUUAUACAAAGAUGUUUAUUUUUAUUUUAUUUUUAUUUUAUCUGUGCGCAACUUUUUUAUCAAAAGACAUGCUCAAAUUGUCACGUAUAUCGCCUUUUCUGAAAGGAAAUCGGUAUGGGGAGGUACUUUAAAGAGGUAAUUUUUCGAUUUUUUCUAGAGCUUUCUUAUUAAAUUUAAAAAAACGAGAACAUUUACAAAAUAUAAUCUUUCGAUUUUUUUUUUUUUUGUGGAAAACUUAACUACCAGCGAUUUUGUUCCAACUUUUAAUGAUAACAAUGUUUCUUAAAGGAAAUUUCAUUAUCGAGGUACUUUAGAGAGGUAAUUUUUCGAUAUUCCUAAAACUAAAAAUACUAUUUUGUAUUUCAAAAAUAUUGUUACAUCCAAAAUUGAAUUAACAACAUACAUAGUAUCAUAAAUAUUUUGAUUCAUUAAUUUUCAUUAUAAUUCAAAAUAUUUCCAGAAACGGUUGGGUGAAUGUGAGAGUGGUGGUUUAAUUGAGGCUGUUCGCUUAUUAGUGGGACAGCUAUCUGUUCUAAAUUCAUCUCAAUUAGAUGCAGUAGAUACUAGAGUUUCCAAUUUAUUACCCAAACUUGAGCAAACAGCUGCAAAAUUAGAAAGUCAAGAUCCAGAAAAAGACAAAAAAAUUAAUGAACUCUAUGAAAUAAUUUUAAAAGCAAAACAAGAAUCACAUUUGUUACCAGAUGUUUUACAAAGAAUGGUAGCAUUAGAGUCACUACAUCAGAAAGGUAAUUCUGUUAUAAUUUUUUUUUUAUAAUAUAUAUCAAACAAAUUUAUUAAAUAUAUUUAAAUAAAAAAUAAUAAUCUAUACAUAUGUAUAAAAUGCUGUGCUUUAAUGGGAGUUAUAGGCAGUUACACACACUAAACUGUACAUAAUAUUAUUAUUAUUCAUUUUAUAUUUAUAAAUGCCGAAAAAGUCAACUGAAUCUAAUUAAUUUUAGUCAUAGUCUUUAAUGUUUGACUUAUUUUUUUUAUAUAAAUAGAUAUACUAAUAUUAUUAAGAAUAAUUAAACAAAAGUUUACUAUUGUAUUGCAAUCAUCAUAUGUUUUUAACGGUGAUUAAUCCUCUAGAUGGGUUUGGUUAUAACAGCCUAAUGGUGCAAGAAUGGUUGCUCUGGGUUAAAAGUCCUGGAAGCUAUGAUGUUCCACAUUAAAAAAUUGUUAUCCUCUUAAUCACUUUAUGGGUCGAAGUUUGAAAAUCCUCUUAGUAGACUUACCAAGUCUCUAUCACAGUCAUCAUAGCAAUGAUUUCACUUUAAAAAAUUAUACCUCUAUUUUAAUCUCCUUAAGGGUUAAAUAUUGAAAAAAAAAAACCUUUAUUUUUGCUAUAAGACCAUUAGUCAAUGUGAAGUAACUUCUUAACUAUAACUUCCCAUAACUUUUUAUAUGGCUCAACUCAAUAUUACAUACAAAUACAGUAUCCUUAUUUUCACCCUUAACUGGUUUUCAAAAUCACAUGUUAUUCAGUUUCUUACUGAAAGCCUAAUAUAAGAUUUUUUUUUUUUUCUGGAUUUAAAACUAAAUUAAAUUCAAUACAUUCAUCCCUUAUUUUAUCCCAUUAGGAGUAGAAUUUCUUAAUGGAUUCCAACUUCAUAAAAAGAAUCUAUAUUCAAAAAAUGUAUAGUUAAAUUUACAUUUUUUAAAAUUUUAAGUUUUUAAGCUCAUUGGUUUAGGCUGUAUGUUGGUAGAUCAUUUGGCCAAGACAAUUCUUUUUAUAUGUAUAGAUUACAAAAGAAAUUAUUAAAUAUAUUUAUUUAAAAAAUAAUAAUUAUAUACAUAUUUGAUGAAAUAUUUAAAUUAUCUAAUUUAAUAUACAAAUUAAAAAUUGCUUUAUUUUAGUGGGAAAACUAGUGGUGACAAUUAACAACCUGAAUGCGCAACAUACAGAAAAUUCUCAAAAUAUUGAAAAAAAUGAAGUAUUUCUCAAAACUAUCGAAUCUCACAUCAACGAAAAUAUGUUAAAAAUCAAUUCUAAUUUGCAAUCAUUAAAUGCACGGGUGGAAGUUGUUGGUGAGAAAUUGAAGUUAUCAGAAACUAAAUAAUUUGAUAAUUGUUUCAAACAAAGUUCAAUUUUUUUUUCAAAUAAAUUAUUAACCUUGCAGUAUAAAAUUCAAUGUUUAUAUUAAUAUAAUUUAACAUACUAAAAUAUGCUUACUAGAAUUUUCAUGUUUACACUAGAAAACAUGUUAUUAUAAAUAUUAUGCCACUAUUUGUGUUUCUAAUUAGAUACUUUUGUUUUAAUUUUCUAUCUAAAUAUAAAGGCUUAGCAAAUAAAUUAUUGUUUUAAAAUAGUUUUUGUGUAGGCACCUUACAACAUUUUUUACACAUAUUUCUUGUAUAUUAACCAAUUGUUGCAGGGAGAAAAUUAGGAAAGUAGUAUACAUAAUGUUAUUUUAUUUAUAUCUGUAAGCAACAUUAAACUAUUGCUAAAAAAAAAUAUGAUUACAAGUAAAGUUUGGUUAUACAUAUUUUGAAAGGACAUAUCAUUGAUUAUAUGUAUAAUCAAUAGUAAUAUUUAGGAUUUUAUUUAUUUUUUUGACCACUAAUUAAAACUUAUAAUGAAUCUCAAAUUAAAUGUUUAAGUGUUGAUUAAAACUAUUGUAUCCACAGAAUACCUAUAAAAUAAAAAUUCUGUCACAAAACUCGCAAGUAUCAAAUGCCUAUAAAUAGCUCAAAAAUCCCCAAAAUGUUUUGAAAAUUAUAUUACCAUGUUUAUAAAAUGCU